CCGAAACACCCUUUAAAAGUCUUUGGGUGAAGAGAAAAGAAGAGAUCACUUAGUUCUCUCGUCUCCCAAUUCCAUCACUCAUUUACUGUCUACAUCUAGUUCACUUUUUUAUAGGAUGCCUGAAGACGGCGUUCGACCCGUUUUCGCUCGCUCUCAGAGCAAUCCUGGCUUUCCAGCUCCUCCGGUUACGUUCUCUCCAUUGAAUGACGAUGAUGAUAUGUGUUCUUCUAACGAGGCCGUCUUGGAACUCAACGAUGGCUCUGCGUUCAGAGGUAUCAGCUUCGGGGCGGAAGAAAAAAGUGUUGCAGGCGAAUGCGUCUUUCAGACCGGCAUGGUUGGGUACACAGAAUCCUUGACCGAUCCUUCAUACGAGGGCCAGAUCCUCGUUCUCACCUAUCCAUUAAUUGGAAAUUAUGGCGUGCCCGAACGCCCCAAAAACGACUUUGAUCUCCCUUCCGAUUUCGAGUCAUCCCGCAUCCAUAUUGCUGCUCUCGUAGUUGGCUCAUAUACCGAGGACUAUAGCCAUUUCUUGGCAAAUUCUUCGCUUGGAGCUUGGUUGAAAGAAAACAAGAUUCCUGCCAUUUGUGGUGUGGACACACGCGCCCUCACCAAGAAAAUACGGGAGAAAGGUUCCAUGUUAGCCAGAGUGUUGGCGCGAAAGUCAGAUGCCCCUCCCCGCCGCUUGCAGUUUAUUAUUCCGGAGUCACGCUCGGUCUCACGUUCAUCCUCGCCGCCACCUUCGGAAGACUACAUCGAUAUCCCAUGGCAUGAUCCCAACUCCGAUAAUCUCGUCGCUGCAGUAUCAAUAUCCACUCCCCGACUUUUUAAACCUACAGGUCGACCCCAUUUUCACCCAAACGGACGUGUCCUUCGCGUUCUCGCUGUGGAUGUUGGCAUGAAGUAUAAUCAGAUUCGAUGCUUCACUGAGCGUGGAGUGGAGCUCAAGGUUGUUCCUUGGGAUUAUGACUUCAUCAACGAAGCCGAGCCAUAUGACGGAUUGUUUAUAUCAAAUGGUCCAGGUGAUCCUGUGACAAUCAUGUCCACCGUCAAGCGAAUUGCUCAGGCAAUGGAGAAAGGCGACCGCCCAAUCUUCGGUAUCUGCCUUGGGCACCAAUUGCUUGCUCUCGCCGCGGGAGCUACAACCUCAAAAAUGAAAUACGGCAACCGUGGACAUAACAUCCCAUGCACUCACGCGCUGUCCGGAAGGUGCUACAUAACGUCUCAAAACCAUGGUUUCCAAGUCGACACAAACACGCUCCCUCGGGGAUGGAAAGAGCUUUUCCGCAACGCCAAUGACGGUAGUAAUGAAGGCAUCUAUUGUGAAGACAAACCAUUUUUCUCCGUACAAUUCCAUCCGGAAUCUACUCCUGGCCCUCGUGACACGGAGUUUCUUUUUGAUGACUUCAUCCGGAUCAUCGUGGAUUGUAUCAACGCGAACACCCUGGUGCCCAUAUCGUUUCCGGGCAGGCGUAAGGAAGACAAUGAUCAGAUGUUUCCUCGCGCCAAUGUCCAAAAGGUUCUCAUCCUUGGCUCCGGUGGAUUAUCCAUCGGGCAGGCAGGCGAGUUCGAUUACUCAGGCUCGCAGGCCAUCAAGGCGCUAAAGGAGGAAGGCAUUUACACCAUUCUCGUCAACCCUAACAUUGCCACCAUUGCCACCUCCAAGGGUCUCGCAGACAAGGUAUAUUUCCUUCCGGUGACACCUGAUUUCGUGCGCAAAAUCAUCAAGUACGAGAAACCGGAUGGUAUUUACGUGACGUUUGGUGGACAGACUGCCCUUAAUGUCGGCAUCAAACUCAAAGAUGAGUUUGCGGCUCUGGGAGUACAGGUUCUUGGUACCCCCAUCGAGACUAUUAUCACGACAGAGGAUAGGCAAUUAUUCGCCCAAGCGAUGGAAGACAUUGGGGAGCGUUGUGCUCAGUCUGCCACAGCCACCACUCCAGAUGAAGCAGCUGCCGCAGCGCGUGAGAUCGGCUUCCCGGUCAUUAUUCGUGCUGCAUACGCUCUGGGUGGUUUGGGAUCUGGCUUCGCGCAGGAUGAAGCCCAGCUUCGCGCUCUGUGUAGCAAGGCAUUUGCGACUAGCCCUCAGGUGCUCGUGGAAAAGAGCAUGAAAGGUUGGAAAGAGAUCGAGUACGAGGUUGUCCGCGAUUGCCGCGACAAUUGCAUCACUGUUUGUAAUAUGGAGAAUUUUGAUCCCCUUGGUAUACACACUGGAGACUCCAUCGUGGUCGCUCCCUCCCAAACGCUGUCCGACUCCGACUACAACAUGCUCCGAACAACCGCGAUCAACGUCAUUCGCCAUCUUGGUGUUGUUGGCGAGUGCAAUAUUCAGUACGCUCUGAAUCCGACCUCGAAAGAGUACUGCAUCAUUGAGGUCAAUGCACGUCUGUCGCGAUCGUCAGCGCUGGCUUCAAAAGCUACAGGUUAUCCCCUUGCGUUUAUUGCCGCUAAGCUCGGUCUAGGUGUCCCGUUGAACGAAAUCAAGAACUCCGUGACGAAAGUAACUAGUGCUUGCUUUGAGCCAAGCUUAGACUAUGUUGUCGUCAAGAUACCACGUUGGGAUCUCAAGAAAUUCAACCGGGUCAGCCGGCUCCUUAGCAGUAGCAUGAAGAGCGUCGGUGAAGUCAUGAGCAUCGGCAGAACUUUCGAAGAGACCAUCCAGAAGGCGAUACGGGCGAUCGACGAUCAGUUCCUUGGAUUUGCGAAGAAUAACUUUGUGGAUGACAUUGACGAGGAGUUGCGUCGACAAGAUUGGCAGAUGACCAACAUUGACAAAUGGUUUCUAACGAAACUUCAACACAUUCAUCGCAUGGAGAAGCGCUUGUCAGAGCAAUCCAUUACUUCUGUCAGUAACAGAAUCAUCCUACAAGCGAAGCAGCUUGGCUUCUCGGAUCGCCUGUUAGCCAGUUGUUUGGGUUCAACGGAGUUAGCUGUCCGAAGGCUUCGCCAGGAAAUUGGUAUUUCCCCAUUUGUCAAGCAAAUAGACACCGUCGCAGCCGAGUUCCCCGCAGUGACGAAUUACCUCUACACUACGUAUAACGCUAUAGAACACGACGUCGAGUUUAAUGAUCGUGGUGUCGUCGUCAUUGGCUCGGGUGUCUACCGCAUCGGCUCCUCAGUCGAAUUCGAUUGGUGCGCGGUCAGGGCUAUCAGGACGCUUCGUGAACAAGGCCUCCCGACAAUCAUGGUCAACUACAACCCAGAAACAGUCAGCACUGAUUACGACGAAGCUGAUCGCCUUUACUUCGAGAAUAUCAGCUUGGAGACCAUUCUUGAUAUCUAUGACACAGAGCGCGCGCGCGGCGUCAUCUUGUCGAUGGGUGGCCAGACCCCGAACAAUAUUGCCCUUCCACUCUAUCGUCAGAACGUGAAAAUCUAUGGGACUUCCCCCGAGAUGAUCGACACCGCGGAGAAUCGCUUCAAAUUCUCUAGGUUGCUCGAUGAGAUCGGCGUUGACCAGCCUCGUUGGAAGGAGUUGACUAGUUUCCAGGAGGCUCUCGCCUUUUGCGACUCAGUGGGGUACCCUGUCCUCGUCCGUCCUUCCUACGUCCUUUCAGGGGCUGCUAUGAAUGUCGUUUCAACUGGUGACGACUUGGCCAACUAUUUGACACAAGCAACCGCUGUCUCUCGCGAACACCCCGUCGUCAUCACGAAGUAUAUCGAGCAAGCGAAGGAGAUAGAGAUGGAUGCUGUAGCAAAGGAUGGUCAGAUGGUCAUGCAUUUUAUCUCAGAGCACGUUGAAAAUGCUGGUGUACACUCUGGUGACGCCACUCUCAUCCACCCACCACAAGAUCUUGAUCCCGCUACCGUUCGUCAAAUUGAGGAAGCCACUGCCAAGAUCGGAAACGCCCUCAAUGUGACUGGACCCUUCAACAUCCAGUUCAUAGCUAAGAACAACGAGAUCAAGGUGAUCGAAUGCAAUCUACGAGCGGCGCGGUCUUUCCCCUUCGUUUCCAAAGUCACCGGCAUUGAUGCUAUUGAGAUGGCCACCAAGGUUAUGCUUGGAUUGCCGGUAGAGAGCUACCCGGAUCCUGGUCUUCCUCCAGACUAUGUUGGAGUCAAAGUCCCUCAGUUUAGCUUCAGUCGGCUCUCUGGAGCAGACCCUGUACUUGGUGUGGAAAUGGCGUCUACCGGAGAAGUCGCUUGCUUUGGGCGUGAUAAGUACGAGGCGUAUCUAAAGGCUUUAAUCUCCACCGGUAUCGUGCCGCCCAAGAAGAACAUCUUGUUUUCUAUUGGAAGCUAUCGGGAGAAAUUGGAAAUUCUGCCCUCGGUGCAGAAGCUCCACGCUGCCGGAUACAACAUUUUCGCAACAUCCGGUACGGCUGACUUCUUAACCGAACAUAACGUUCCUUGUAAAUACCUGGAAAGCCUUCCGGAAGAUAGCAAUGACAGACAGAAGUCCGAAUAUUCGCUCACACAGCACUUGGCCAACAAUUUGAUCGACAUGUAUAUCAACCUCCCAUCAAAAAACAACUAUCGUCGCCCCGCAAGCUACGCCAGUAAGGGAUACCGCACGCGUCGCAUGGCAGUUGAUUUUGCAAUUCCGCUCAUAACGAACGUCAAAAAUGCGAAACUGCUUGCAGAGGCACUUGUUCGCAAGCUUCCAUUGGAUGUAUCAAGUAUCGAUUCCAAAUCCUCAUAUCUAACGCAUGCGUUCCCCGGGCUUGUUAACAUUUCCGCGUUUCUACCCCGCCUCACUUCGGCGGGAGCCGAUGAAUUCGAGCAAGCCACUCGAGCUUCUAUUAGUUCAGGCUUCACUACUUCACUCGUUCUACCAGUCGGUCUUGACAGCGCCAUCACCGAUGUCUCUUUACUCGAGCAGGUUCAUGCCACAGCUGCAGGGAGCGCACGCUGUAACUACGCCCUCAGCAUUGCUGGGAAAGAUAGUAAUGUCCAAGCUCUUGGCGAGGAAGUCAGAGCGGACGUGAAGUCGUUGUAUAUUUCAUUCCACGGGAACUUCGCAUCUCCUCAAAUUUCCACUGUCGCUGCCUACUUCGCUUCCGUUCAUAUCACCGACGUCAGGAACAAAGAUGAUUUGCUUCUCAUCUCGCUUAGCAAGGAAAAACAUCUCAAGGUCACUUGUGAUGUGUCAGUCUUCGCCUUGUUCUUCACACGGGAACAAUAUUCCCAACCCACCUCGUUGCCAUCGGGCCAGGAUCAGGAGGCACUGUGGAAGAACCUUGGUGUCAUCGAUGCAUUCUCAGUUGGAAUGCUUCCUCAUCAGCUUGCGACAGAACUUCAAGAGUCAGCUUCUGCAUGGUCCGGAGCGGAGGAAACGCUACCCUUGUUGCUUACCGCUGUCACUAGUGGUCGACUCACUGUUGAGGAUAUUCGUGUGCGCCUGCACGAUAAUCCGAUUCGUAUCUUCGGUCUUCCUGAACAAACGACAACUCACGUGGAAGUUGUUCUAGGACGGCGGGCUCAGCAUCAGAAUCACAGCACGUGUUGGUCUCCUUUGCACAAGAGUUCCGUCACCGGGUCACUGCACAGAGUAGUUGUGCAUGGCAAAACCUUAUUCCUUGAUGGGAAAGAUGUGUCCAGUGCGACGAUUGUGCAUGCCGCUGGAGAACGACACGCAGGCGUGCCUCCAGCGAAACCACAGCUUACGGCUUUGGCACCGUCUGCUAGCGGUCCUGCCGGUUCAGGCAUCAAUAUACCGUCGGUUGUUGCUCACGGUCGUCAUCCGGCAUUCCAUCGUCGUCAUAUACUUUCUGUGAAGCAAUUCACCCAACGCGACAUGUAUGAUCUCUUCUCCUUGGCUCAUGAAAUGCAACUUCAGGUCGAGCGCAAUGGGACACUAGACAUCUUGAAGGGCAAAGUUCUUUGUACCCUUUUCUACGAACCGUCCACCCGUACAAGUACUUCUUUCGAUGCGGCCAUGAAACGCUGUGGAGGCGAAGUGAUUCAAGUCAACGUAGACACUUCAUCAGCGGAUACCGUUCGCACAGUAGGGUCUUAUGCCGAUGCUAUUGUGAUUCGGCACCCCGAUAUCGGCAGUGCCCAGCUCGCCGCUAAAUAUUCCCCUGUGCCUGUUUUGAAUGCUGGCGAUGGCAUAGGAGAGCAUCCUAGUCAGGCUCUUCUCGAUAUUUAUACCAUUCGAUCCGAGCUGGGGACUGUCAAUGGCAAAACAAUCACCAUCAUAGGAGAUCUCAAGAAUGGGCGCACGGUUCAUAGCCUGGUCACUCUACUCUGCCACUACUCAGUGGUCGCUACUGUGCGGAAGGCGGGUAUAUUUUUACAGCAACUGGAAUCGCUCGAGGAGGUCUUACCUGAUACAGACGUUCUCUACGUGACCAGAGUGCAACGAGAGAGGUUCAAGAGUGAAUCGGAGUGGCAAGCGGUCAAAGACUCUUAUCGGAUUGAUCACGCCCUUCUUUCUCGGGCCAAAGAAGACAUGAUUGUAAUGCACCCGUUGCCUAGAGUAAAUGAAAUCGAUCCUGAAGUCGAUUUCGACUUCCGACGCGCCGCUUACUUCCGUCAAAUGCGUUACGGACUUUUCGUUCGGAUGGCUCUUCUUGCUAGUGUGAUGGGCUGAGAAUGUUGUAUCAUCCACAAUCUGCGAUAUUAAGGAUGGUAUCCCGGGAUAAACUAUGUGUUGAUAUCCACAUGGAGCUGGGCAACUUGUCGUAGACAAUUAAACUUUCAAUUGAUACCCAAUGUGGUACCCUUUGACUUUC